UGAGUAUGAAAUGAAAGAGUGGCAAAGAGGUCGGGAUCCAAAGAUUUCGCAUUCUCCCCUGUUACUUGGGAAACACAUAUUACAAAUAUAAAUUGGUUGUUUGUGGUGGUUACCAUAACGGCGACCGGAAUGGAUCACGAAGGGGAAGCUAAGAGGACUGAUUUGAUGACUAUCACUCGCUUUGUUCUGAAUGAGCAGUCAAAGUAUCCAGAAUCACGCGGCGAUUUCACCAUCCUCCUCAAUCACAUUGUUCUUGGCUGCAAGUACGUUUGUUCUGCUGUUAACAAGGCUGGACUCGCCAAACUUCUAGGACUUGCUGGAGAAACCAACGUUCAGGGUGAGGAGCAAAAGAAAUUGGACGUGCUUUCUAAUGAGGUGUUUGUUAACGCCUUAAUCAGCAGCGGGCGCACUUGCCUUCUUGUUUCAGAAGAGCUUGAAGAGGCUGUUUUUGUGAAGCCAAAACAGCGUGGAAAAUACAUUGUUGUAUUUGAUCCUUUGGAUGGAUCCUCAAAUAUUGAAUGCGGUGUUUCUAUUGGAACUAUCUUUGGCAUUUACGCUGCGAAGGACAAAGAUAAAGUUACACUUGAUGAUGUCUUGCAACCUGGGAACAGAAUGUUAGCAGCUGGUUACUGCAUGUAUGGUAGCUCUUGCAUGUUCGUGAUUAGCACAGGACAUGGUGUAAAUGGUUUCACACUUGAUCCUUCUCUUGGAGAGUUCAUAUUAACUCACCCAAACAUCAAGAUACCGAAAAAAGGGAAUAUUUAUUCAGUGAAUGAAGGAAAUGCCAAAAACUGGGAGAAACCAAUCACUGAGUAUGUGGAUAAUUGCAAGUUUCCUCAAGAUGGUUCUUCGCCAAAGUCCCUUAGAUACGUUGGAAGUAUGGUUGCAGAUAUCCAUAGAACAUUGCUUUAUGGUGGUAUUUUCAUGUACCCUGCUGAUAAGAAAAGUCCAGAUGGAAAGCUAAGGCUUCUCUACGAAGUGUUUCCAAUGUCAUAUUUGUUGGAGCAAGCUGGAGGUCAAGCUUUUACAGGAAAAGGAAGGGCACUUGACUUGGUUCCAAAGAAAAUACAUGAACGAUCACCUGUAAUCCUUGGAAGUUACGAAGACGUGGAGCACGUGAAAGCUUUUUAUGCUGCAUCCAAAGCAAAUGGUGCAUGAAUAUUGAAUAUCAAUUGGUCCUUGCAUUAUUAGCAGUUAAGUGGGUGGCACAUCUUUCUUUCAAUUGUUUCCUUCUUGUCAGGAAUUUGUUUUAGUGAGUUCCUUAAUUCAUAAGAUCCAUAGUACUAGGCAGCACAAGGUGUUUAAUCACACAAUCUCGUGUUUCUAGUUCUAGUACUAAUAAGUGUAACAGGGUCUUUAUGUAUAUUUGGCAAUUCACACGAAAUUCUUGUAGUACCUCCUUAAAAAAUACCAUGUACAUGAUAGAAGCACCACUUCAAAAACAAAACUAAAAGAAGUAAAAAGCAUACACAUGCAUGCACGUAUAUUGAUUCAAACUAUAUAAUAAAAAGGAAAUUAAUGUACCUAAUUUUUUUUCAAAUUUAUUGUAAUGAAAGCAAAUUAAUUAAGGAGGGGAUAUGAUGAUUGACCAUAGCCCAGCCUGUGAUUGCCAAUCACACAGCCUGUGUUUGACCAUACAGAUUACAUAGCAUUUGCUAAUUAUGGUUAAGGUAUAUAAUUAAUCUAAGUUAUUAGGCUCAUUAUAAAAACCAUGUUAGGAUGAAGUAGAAACUACUCCUUCAUUUGCAUCCAUCUCUCACGUUACUCCAAAGGGGGAACACAUCAAGAAGGAAACCAAAAGCUCCUUGAUUCGUUCUCCCACAAUUUUCCUCAUUGAACAUGGGCAACUGCGCUAGCGCUCCCAAGACCAACGAGGGUAAUGAUGCCCCAUUGUCAGUGCUAGUGCCAGUGCCCGAGCCUGUCAUCGACCAGGAGCAGGCCGCCACUGCUGUCUCCGCCUCCGAUGACAACGCUCUAGGCACCAUAUCCAUUGAGAAGGAAGAAAAGGAGGCAAAGUUGGAAGAAGCCAAGAAAAGCGAGGAGGUGGUGGCAGCUGAUGAGGAGAAGAAAGAGGAGGAAAAGGCUAAAGCCACCGUAGAAGAGGCACCAAAACUUGAAGCUUAAAAGUUGAAGAAACUCCUCCAUCACAAAUAUAAUGCAUACAUGCAACGCUGUCGUCAUUCGAAUCAAAUGUUUAAUUUUAAUCAUUUUUCCAUUAUUUUGUGCUUAAAGAUAUAAUUCAUUAACAUUAAUUUCUUUAAUGGAAAAUUGAUUCUUA